UUGAUGGGUUGCUCUGCAUUGAUUUACCUAUUAAAAUAAAUACAUGUACUCAUAUAUUUCAUUACCAUUAUACAAAAGGAACCUGUCUAAAGGGGGAAAGGCCGGGAUUUUUAAUCGUAACUCUACCUGCCUUAGCGCAAGUUUAUUUGAUUUUGUGGGAUCGCAAAGACAGCACGGAGCGCACGAGCGAGCUGAUGCACCCUGCACGACCGUGUGAGUCGGGUCCAUCAACAUCCAGCACUCGAGUUUGGAAACGGCCUGGAGAUCAUCUUGUGAAUGACAUAGUGGCAUCUGAAGAGUCAUCCUCAGAUGCUGCAGAGGAUGUUGAACCCAAGACGGAUGUUUAUCUCCAUGACGACCAGUCGGCCUCAUCGUCGGCGCACUGUCGAGAGAGGGGAAUAAAGCGUCGUAGAUUCAUGUCCCAUCCCCGGGCUCCGAAGAAGCGGGGGAGUUACUGGCCCUCUGGAACUGUCACCAGCAAAAACCACGUUGUUCGCAGGUCCAGGACGUUUGGCAUCUCCGUUUCAAAGGCCUUCACUGACGCCUUAGCCAAACUCGAGGAAAUGAGCAAUGAAAGUCGUAACAGACAGUUCCACAAGCUCUUUAGUUUCAUCCCUACAGAAGAAACCGUUAUUGUCUCGUAUUCAUGUGCCUUGGUUAAGGAGAUCAUGUUCCACGGGAGGAUGUUCAUCUCUCAGAACUGGAUCUGUUUCCACUCACACAUCUUCACGUAUGAAACUCAGGUGACCAUAAAGAUGAGCUCCAUCACUAGCAUCAGCAAGGCGAGGACGGCCUUUGUGAUUCCUAAUGCAAUUGGAAUCCAGACAGAGAAUGAAAAGUAUGUAUUUGGUUCGUUAUUAUCAAGACAAUCCACCUACAUGCAGCUCAUCAAGAUCUGGAAGAACGCGGCAACAUCCACGGAGUUGGAAGAGGAGGAGGCGUCUUCAUCAUGUAACAGUAAUGACUGCAGUGGCAUAGUACCGAGUCAGUUGGAGUUAGUGCCGAGCUCAGAGGAUGAGGACUCAGAGGAGCUGGAGCAGAGACUACAGUAUGAUGAGGAGACUACACAUGAUGACAAUACAACUCCCGAUGGUCAUGAUAAAGAGAAUGACGUGAACAGUAGUCACCAAUGCAGCCACAACCCAGCCACCACCCUACCGGUAGCUGACAGCAACCCUUCAUUUGCCACGGGGAGCUGUCAAUAUAUGUGUAAAUUAUUGUUUGCUAUGAGUGUGUUCAAAUCCCUGGAGAGGUUGCUCAAGUUACUGAAAGCCAUGACGCCAGCGCAGUUCUUUCUCCUUCUUACCGCUUGCUUAAUAAUUUGCUUGACCGUAUCCGCCGUUAUCUUGACCUACCGUAUUGCAAAGCUGCAGCCUCAACUCGACAAUAAACCUCAGUCACUACAGUACACGCAGACACUCAGCGAGUGGAGUAGCUUGUGGUGGUCUCAGCAAGCAGCUCAGAGCCAACUCAUCUCCAAAAUGUGGGAGACAAUCGCAGAUAAUCUCAGGACACUUGCACAGGUGCAUCAGUCGUUACAAGUACUUCAAAGCUCAUCGCCGCCGCGGUUAUAUAACCAGGAAGCGCCCUCGUUAGCUUCUCAAGAAGAUGAUGAUGACAAUACGUAGUACUGGUAGAGAAUAUGCCUUGGCGACUCAUAUCAGGGAUGGGUUUGCAUUGGGGAAACAAGUUGGAGUGUGGAAAAAGGAUAGUCAGGUUCCCUGACUUGAUGAUCACAUCUGAAUGUCAACAAAGGAUGGAAAACUUUCGAUCACAUGACAGUAGGGCUUACCUGAUCUAAGAUUUGUCAGAAUCGAAGAACAGUCGGAAUUUGUACUAUAAGAUGAGGAAACAAGAAAUCGUGAGAUUUUUUCAGACUUUUGUCUGAAAUGAGAUUUUUUGAAUAUCAGGAAAAGACAUUAUUAUUAUAGAAAGAUAUGCAUCUUUCAGAUAUUUCUUUAUGAUAGGUGAAAAUUUAUGAUUUUCAAAAAAGAAGACAAUGUUAAUAACACAUUGGAUUUUGAGUAAUUAUGAAGAGAGAGUCUGUAAUGGCUGCUAAAUGUGUCACGUUUUUUGACUUUAUAUUGGAUAUUAACAUGGUGUCAGCCAACUCAUAAUGGGCACCAACCUAGAGAUCUUGAUAUAAAAGCAAGAUGGCCACAGAAAGAUUGAAGAGAAAACAAGAAUUAUUUUAACUGAAUUUUGAUAUGAAACUGGAUUAACUAUAUGAGACAACCAAUUGAGAAUAGGAAUAUUAUAUCGAAAGCUUUUAUUUUUCUAUGAAUUGCAUAUAUUAACAAAAGUAUGACCAUAUAUGCAUCAUUGUAUUUAUUCUGACAAAAACAAAUAUGUCUGAAAGUGAGAGAAUAUCUUAUUGAAUCAAAGCAAGAUCCAUAAACUGAAGUCAUCGACAAUCCUUUUUUUUUUUCAUUUUCAUUUCUUUUAAAGGAAAAUAUAUUUUAAUUUUUUAAAGCCACGUAGUAAUUUCUAUUUGUGCCGCAACAGUAAUAAGGGUUUGCAGCAAUGUUUAUUGGUUUUCUCACCCAUGAUUAUAUUUUUUGCAACUGUUUUAUUUUAGCAUCAUUGUGAGAUGCAUUAUCAGAAGUAUUUUAAGUAUGUGUCAGCAAAUUAAAUAGAACAGGGUCUUUUCUUUUAUCAGUUAAAAUGUGGUUCAGGCAGUGUGGUUUUCAUACAGCAGAACCCGUCCCCCCCCCCCCCCAAAGAACUUCUGAGGUUGUGUUACAGUUAAUAACCCUCCCCCCCCCCCCCUUCGUCACCCCCACUGGAUAUUUGUUAGUCCUGAAGUGACCAUGGUUAAUGGUUUAACAGAAAUUGGGCAUCGUCUCCCCCCCCCCCCGUAACAUCCAGCCCCCCCCCCCUUCACCCCCACUCUCCCCCCCCCCCCCCAAUGGUGAGAACCCCAGCUAUGACGCUGUUAUCAAAAUCCUCCAAGUCCAAAAAUAGAAUCUUGUGGGUUUUUUUUAACAUCCAAGAAUUUCAAAGGCACAGUGGCUUUUUUGGCUAAGAACAUACCUUAUUUAUGCUUUCAUUUACCACAAUUGUUUUUCAAGGAAAAGCGUUUUAAGAAGUUAUAUUUCAGAAACAUACAUGCGCCCACCGGGUUACGAGCUAUUUGUAAAAAUCCUAGAUUUUUCUAAUGUUGGUCCAGGAACGAUCAAAUUGUUUUAGUUUUGGAAGUUAGUGAAAAUGUUCGUUUUGUGUUAGUAUUCUCUAGAUUUGAAAUAUUAAAUCAAUACCAUCUGUUUAGAUUUUGAUUUAUUUAUUGAUGAAGAGAAAACUAGAUGUAUUUAAAUUAUAUUUGGAAAAUCAGGGACUAGUAUUUCAUACAUUCAGUCAAUGUUUUGCAACAUACAGUAGAUGCGGGGGGGGGGGGGUAAGAUAAAUUUUGCAUAAAAUUAUUGGCAUGUACUGGUUCCGUAUUCAUUUACUUAUUUGUUUUUUUUUCUGAUUGAAAUAUUAACGAUUAGAUUUGUACUGUACCAGAAUUUGAAUAUAUGAGGGACAGGUUUAGACGUGUUUUGCAAAGUUUGAGGAAUUGUUUCACAUCUCUUUAGUUAUAUAUGUUGAAGAGGCUUAAAUUUAUUUAUUGGUAGAGUUAAUGUGUAUAGAUGAGAUAAAUGUAUAUAUAAAUUCAAAAUGCGAAUCAUCGAUAUUUUUAAUGAAUUGAUAGUCUGUAUAUUUCCGCUAUAGAGUAUUUUUGCACCAUCUACUUUUUAUCAGAGCGUGUCUUUGUUAGUUGCUUUUGCCCAGUAACAAACCGGUCCCCCGGCCCCCUACGUUAUCUGUUCUGAUAUGGGGCGGUAACCAGUCUACACUGUGAGAACUAAAUUAUUGUCGGGCCGCAAAUAACUCAAAAUUUUGAAAGAAAUUAUUCCAUAUUACUACACGUGUACCGAUUCUUGCGUUCGAUGCCUCAAUCAAAAGAGAAUUACUUUGUAUUGCUAAGAAAAAUAGUAAUUUAAAAAAUAUAUCGGGUUGAAAUUUGAAAGCAUAGCACGGACAGCUAUACUAUUAUGUUUUCUGCUAAAGGUUGUAGUCAUUUUGAUUUUUGUUUUAAAAUUCAUUUAAUUAUUUUUAACUGGAAAGAGUAAAAGCCUGAAAUAUUUCAAUUGCACACGGUAUUCGGAUAAUGAUGUGGUAUUUGGGAAAGCGAUAGUCUUUGCCCUUCUAUAUUUUCCAUCUAAUCUUUCUUCUUCGUGAUUUUAUGACUUUCUAUUUUAAAGCCAACUGUAAGAAAAGUGUGCUUUUCCAAAUUCAUUUAAAAAUAGCAAUUUUACUUUAACAAAUGAACAAACGUUAACAAGGAAUGUCCGUGUUUUGUUAGGUCUGGUUUGAAGUUAAGUAAACAUUAAGGAAUCAGGAAAGAAAAUUAUGGAAUUUUGAUUAUUUAAUCGUUAAAUAAAAGAAUCAAAAAAGCAAAAAGAUUGUUUUGCAAAUUUACGAAACGUGUUUGUAUAAAUUUGGAACGUUAUGUAUUGUAUUUUGUAUGAAGACGCACAUUGAUAGUAAUAAUCUCAACUUGUGAUAUUUUUGAAAUGAAAAGGUCAUUCUUCAAUCUUUUAGACCAGCUUUUGUCAGUGUUCAAGUGUUGAUGUGCACACAGAUUCUUUAUUGAUAUUUGCAGUAAAUGGAAUAAAUUACGAUUAAAUAAUUUGAA